AUGAUGGCCAGAACACCUGUUAUCAAUCCAGAUGAUUUUCAACCCGCAAAGCAUUAUGACCUGAGAGCAGUAGAGAAUAUUGCUGGGGCCCGGAUUGAUAUGAUGUGCUCUCCACUGAAUACUAUUGUCACUGAACGUAAUGAGCGAACAAGUGCUAUAGAUGGUGUUAUUUUGGUCAUCAAUAACCUAUUGAGACCAUAUAAUGGUUAUUGUCCAUACAAGAUGACACAAAUGGAUGGUGUUGUAAGGAUUUUAGAUGAUGAAGCAGCAGUAAUGCUGAUCGAAUUUGAAGGAGGGUUUGUCGAUGAUGACCAACACAAACUGGAGAACGAUACUACCAAAAUAUAUCGCAAUGCCUCAAGAUUCAUCAAUAGCAGUAAUAGUAGCUCCGAAAACCCACCAAGUAUUUUUGUUGUGAUCAACUAUCAUUCAAUUGGUUGAUAGGGAUCGACAAAACCUUUGAAACCCUUUAAAAACCUUUCGAAAUUCUCACUCUUGUCACUGACCGUGCAUAUGUAAGAGCCCGCACAGCAACGUUGGAUGUCCCCUGUUCCCCGAAUGGCCUCAGAACUGCUAUGAAAAGGCUUCCGACUGUUUUUGCUUGGUGAAAUAUGGUCAUUGCAUCAGUCAAAACACGGUCCUCUUUGAUAAUUCUAAUCUCGAAACCAUGCCUGUCCUCUUACCACCCUAAGCAAAUAUUUGCUUUCAUACAUCAUCGUCUACCUAUUUCACCAUCAUCCACCCAUCUCAUUAUUGUCUGCC